CUUAAAACCCUAGGAAAGAAACCCUUCGGUGCCCUCUGAUACUCCCGGACUUGGCCUUGGGUUCGGUUGCAAUGGGUGGAAAACGCGAGGAAGAAACUGCUUUAGGAAUCACAGGGAACCACGAUUUCCAGAAGAAGAGCAGGAAGAAGAAAGCCGAAGCCAACAAGAGGGCGCUAGAAGAGGCCGAGUCCGAGGUGGUUGCUGUGGAGGCCAAGAAGGAGAAGAAGAAAAAGAAGACAGAGAGGAGGGAGGAAGAGGAGGAGAUGUUGAAUGAUGUGCCGGCCGGGAAGAAAAAGCAGAAGAAGAAGCACAAGGGAGAGGCAGAGCAGGAGUCUCUGGAAAAUGGAUUGGUGCUUGACAGUGAUAAGGAAAGCGAGAUCAAGAAGACGAAGAAAAAGAAGAAAAAUUGGAAGGAGAGAGAAGAUGAGGAUUUGAAUAAUGCCCUGGUACCUGACGAUGCAAAGGGAAGGGAAAUUGUUCAGAAUUGCGAUGAGAACAGCCAUGGUGUAGUUGUUGAUGGAGAGGAGAAGCAAAGUUAUGGCGGCGUGGUGGUCUCCGGGAAGGAAAUAAAAGAAUCCAAAUAUGCACCAUUGGAAUCUUUUGCCGAUUCCGGGUUAUCUAAAGAAGUGCUGGAGUGCUGCAAAAAUUUUCAGAAUCCAUCGCCAAUUCAAUCCCAUUCUUGGCCUUUCUUGCUGAGAGGUCGCGAUCUCAUUGGAAUUGCAGCAACUGGCUCAGGUAAGACUCUGGCCUUUGGGAUUCCAGCUAUUAUGCAUGUUUUGCAGGAGCGGAAGAGGAAGACAUCGAAGAAAAGGAAUCCGGUUUGCCUUGUUCUUUCUCCAACAAGAGAGUUAGCUCAACAAAUAUCAGAUGUUCUGUGUGAUGCUGGCAAACCUUGUGGCUUGCGGUCUAUUUGUUUGUAUGGUGGAACUUCCAAAGGACCCCAGAUACGUGCCCUGGAAUCUGGUGUUGAUAUUGUUAUUGGAACCCCUGGACGUUUGAAAGACUUGAUUGAAACAGGGGUUUGCUAUCUGAAGGAGGUGUCUUUUGUGGUUCUUGACGAAGCUGAUCGGAUGCUUGACAUGGGAUUUGAGCCAGAAGUUCGCUCUAUAUUAAGCCAAACCUGCUCAGCUCGCCAAAUGGUUAUGUUUAGUGCUACGUGGCCUCUACCUGUUCAUCAAUUAGCUCAAGAAUUCAUGGAUCCCAAUCCAGUUAAGGUCGUCGUAGGUUCUGAAGAUUUAGCUGCCAACCAUGAUGUUAUGCAGAUAGUAGAGGUGUUGGAUGAUAAAUCACGUGAUGAGAGAUUGAUCGCUUUAUUAGGGAAAUAUCAUAAAUCUCUAAGGAACAGAGUCUUGGUAUUUGUCUUGUAUAAGAAAGAAGCAGCCCGUGUUGAGAAUAUGCUUCAAAGAAGGGGUUGGAAAGCUGUUUCUAUACAUGGUGACAAAGCUCAAAGUGAACGUACGAAGGCUCUAUCACUAUUCAAGGAGGGUAGCUGUCCCUUGAUGGUAGCCACUGAUGUGGCUGCUCGAGGAUUGGAUAUUCCAGAUGUUGAAGUAGUGAUAAAUUAUAGUUUUCCUCUCACCACGGAGGAUUAUGUCCACAGGAUUGGAAGGACUGGAAGAGCUGGUAAGAAGGGUGUAGCCCACACAUUUUUCACAAAAGAGAACAAGGGUUUAGCCGGGGAGCUGGUAAAUGUUCUCAGAGAAGCUGGGCAGGUAGUACCUGCUACCCUUUUAAACUUUGGUACUCAUGUAAAGAAAAAGGAGUCAAAGCUGUAUGGGGCUCAUUUCAGGGAGAUCGAUGCUAAUGCUCCAAAAGCAACAAAAAUAACAUUCAACAGUGAUGAUGAAGAUUGAUCUUCACGCAGAUCCCUUCGCCAUUGUGGUCGUCGGUCAGAGCAAAGAGGAAGAUGAAGACGACGACAGCUGACGAGAGACGGGGAUGAUGGUGUCAACAUGCGAAGAUGAAGGAGGGGAAGGCAAUGGAAGGAAGGUUGAAGGCAAAGGGACUUGGUUCUCCAUUCAACUCGUGGGUCGUUGAUCGGAGCAAAGAGGAAGUCGGAGAUGAUGGCGGCCAAUGGCAAAAUAGGGAUGACGAUUGUUAGUUGAAGGCUAAAGCAAAGACGUGAAGGGGAAGGACGAAGGCGGGAGAAGGAAGAUGGAAUGCAAAGGGUUUUCUUAGUUCUGAGUUUUGACUUUUGUUCUUCUUUUCUUCU